AUGCUUUACAAGUCUAUCAUCACUCUGUCUUUCCUGCUAGGAAAUGGCGCGUUUGCCUUGGUACACCCCGGGAUGCUUCAUACUGACGCCGACUUUAUGCGAAUGAAGGCAAAAGUUGAUGCAGAUGCUGCUCCGUGGAUAACUGGCUGGAAUACCUUGACAGCCAAUUCCCACUCCUCCAACACCUACGCCCCGAGCCCACAAGCCAUUGUGUACCGCGGAUAUGAUGGCACACAUCCUGAAAACUACUCAAAGCUUUAUAACGAUGUUCACGCCGCCUAUGCUCUUGGCUUGCGCUGGAAGAUCUCGGGAGAUGAUUCGUUUGCUGAUGCAGCAGUUAAAAUAUUAAACGGCUGGUCGUCAACACUUACGGCAAUCAGAGGGACAUCCGAUGCAGCACUUGCAGCUGGCAUUUAUGGCUACCAAUUUGCAAAUGCUGCUGAAAUUAUUCGGAGCUACAGCGGCUGGGCAGCGGCAGACCAAACACGAUUCAAAACUAUGCUUCACGAUGUCUUCUUCUCCAUCAACCACGAUUUUCUUGUACGCCAUAACGAUGCGGAAUUGGACCACUACUGGGCGAACUGGGAUCUCUGCAAUAUGGCAUCUAUGCUCGCCAUUGGCAUAUUUAACGACAACACUACCAUGUACGAGGAAGCAAUCACUUACUUCAAGAGCGGACUUGGCAACGGAAGGAUAGACCUCACAGUCUGGAAGCUCUACACAGUAGAUGGCGUGGUCCUAGGUCAAUGCCAGGAGUCUGGACGGGAUCAAGGCCACGCUACCUUGGAUUUUGCUCUACUUGGGCCACUUGCACAAAUGGCGUAUAACCAAGGAGAUGACCUCUUUGGGUAUGAGUCAAACAAAAUACUUGCCGGAAGUGAGUAUACCGCAAAAUACAAUCUUGGGGAAGAUGUUCCGUACACGUCCUACACCAACAGUGAUGUCACUCAAUCCGUCAUUUCAAACGCCUCGAGAGGAACAAUUCGACCAGCUUGGGAGCUUAUUUAUGCACACUAUCACGAUCUCAAAGGGUUGGAUUCUAAGUACACGGGACAGAUGAGGGAUUUGGUCAAUUCCGAGAGCGGUGGUGCCGAAGGGGGUGGUGGCAACUAUGGACCCAACUCUGGGGGUUAUGACCAGCUAGGAUACGGGACCCUGGCAUUUAGAUUAGAGUGA